GUCACCUGUGUUGUGCACAACUUCCAGAGCCGACCCCCCUCUGGUCGAAGGCUCUCCCCUUGGGAGGACCUGAGCCAGGCCCCCGCCAUGGACAGCCCCCUCGAAAAGUUAAGUGUGGCCCAGGAACCCGAGACCUGCAGGCCGCAUUCGACACCGGCGCGGCUCACCCCAUCCAAGCCGCAGAACUGUGCCCGCCGUGGCCACCUGAUCCCCAGCUGCGUGUCCUCCCGGGCCCCAGCGAUGUGCUCCUCGCCCCGUGUGCCCCGCCCUCGACUGAGGUCUGAGCCAACACCCCUGCCUCUGCCGCUGCCCCUGCCCGCACCGACUCCCAGCCAGGGUCCCUCGCCUUCCUCCCCCGGCCCCGGGGGCCCGGGCGGGGGAGGUGGGCGCGGCCGGAAGCUGCUGCUGCCCACGCCCCUGCUGCGGGACCUGUACACCCUCAGCGGACUCCACCCCUCCCCCUUCCACCGCGACAACUUCAGCCCCUACCUGUUUGCCAGCCGCGACCACCUGCUGUGAGACCCACCACCUCCGACCUACCCAGUGCCCCCCUCACCCUCCCAGCCACGCGUGCGUGUGCCACGUGAGUGCUAACGGCCCCUGCCCUCCAAACCAGCCAGGCCCGCUGUCAAAAGAUGGCUGGAAGGACACUUCGAGGGGGGAAAUCUCUUGGCUGCUCUUUGGCCUUCUGGGACGUCCGGGUCGGCAAACAUAACCAGGUGGUCCCUUGUCCCUAGGAUUACCCUUUACAGCGGCUGAUGCUUGGCCCAACCGGCCGUGGCCUAGCCAGCGAGAGCUCCGACUCAGAAUUCAACCCAAAAGUUUACAAAAAUGUAUGGGAGCCUCUUACUUCUUAGCCUCCUCAAGCAAGAUGAGGCAGCUCUGGCCAGUGUUCAGCCAAAAGGAGCCCUUGGCUUUCGGAAAUGCCGAUGGAGGGUGGGAAUGAUUCCAGUCAAUGGGGGACCGCCCGUGACAAGCCAAGGAGGGCUAGCAUCCAGACUCUCCCCAGGAUCCCGGAGUCCAGCUGGAGGGUGGGGGGCAGGCUCCCCCAUAGCAGCGUCCUGCAGCACCCCUCCCCCUCCCCCCAGGUGCACCACCUCACACCCUCCGACUCCCUACUUAAGUAGGGCUGGCCCCAGUUCACCGGUUUCGGAGCUCCGGGUGCUGCCCCCCUUGGCUGUGCCCAGGGCACCCCCAAACCUUCUAUUAUUUAUUAGGGCUGUGGAAAAAAAAAAGACUUUAUUUUUUUGGGCCCUGUCCUCCUUCUUCACACUGCCCCCUAUGCCUCAGCCUCACUGCAGUUGUGCCAUCUUGGGGGGCACGGGUAGAGCAGAAGGGGGUUACCCUACCCUGAGCAGCCAAAGGCAGUGGGCAGACGAGACACUGUCCCCCUUCCCUGCCCUCCUCCUCAUCUUUAAUAAAGACCUGUUUGUAACAGAAGUUUG